AUGGCCUCAUCGAACGUUUCAAAAGCCUACUCGACGCAACCCAUCCGGCCUGACGUUCAAAGGGAGAUUUUUUUUCAGAAAGGGUCCGAAUUUCUCUCGCGAUGGGGAGUCGAGACCCAAGGUAUCACCCCAAUACCCACCGAACGCCGGACCGAUAAGCGUCUCUAUCAGCUGUUCUUCGUCUGGUUUUCCGCCAAUUUCAACAUCCUGAAUUUUGGCACUGGGUCGGCUGGCCCUGCGUUUUUUUCCCUCGGCUUUCGGGCAAGCCUUGCUACCAUCCUCUUAGUUGAUAUCAUGUGUGUGAACCUUCCUCACCCGGGUGCGGUAUUCGGCCCCAAGUUGGGAACGCGUGGGAUGGUGCAAUCGCGCUUCUCCUGGGGGUACUAUGGUUCGAUCAUCCCGAGUCUCCUUAACGUUAUUUCAAUGCAGGGAUAUUUGAUCCUGAACUGCAUCAUCGGCGGUCAGAGUUUGGCAGCUGUUUCUCACCACUUGAACGACACCUUGGGUAUCGUCAUCGUUGGCGCUUCUAUGUUUACGACAUCUGCCGGAGUGGAUGAUGAUAUGAAUAGCUUCGAGACUUAUUCUUGGAUACCGAAAGCGCUGGGUCUUCUUGUCAUACUUGGAGUUGGGGGGAAGCACCUAAAUCAAUCGACAUCAUCAUUUGCAAAUGCAAUUUUGUCCUUCGGCUGUUUCGUUGCUUCAGCAGUUAUCGGCUGGUGCACAUUAACCCCAGAUUACGGAGUCUAUCAUGACGCGGAAGCAUUGAGCCUCCGGAUCUUCACGUAUACCUAUCUCGGUUUGCUAACUUCGAAUGUACCAUGGCAUCUGACUGGUGCGGCGUUUGCUGCGGCGGCUCCAGGAGUACCGGCUUGGAAAGAAAAUUUAGAACCAGGCUUUAAUAUCGGUCAAUUGCUCGCCGUGAUCCUCUCACCAGCUGGAGUCUUUGGGAAAUUCCUCCUAGUCCUCCUCGCCCUAUCAACAUCUUCCGCGUGCGCCCCGACGAUGUAUACUUUCGGAACCAGUUUUAUGACCAUUGCGCCGUUCCUAGCUCGUCUGCCGCAAUGCGUCUUCGCAGUCCUAUCAACGGCGAUAUUGAUACCAUUGGCUAUUCUUGGUGCCCGACAUUCACCGGCAACUUUCUUCAACGGCCAUUGUCAAGGCGUUAUCGGUUAUUGGUCCACAGCAUUCGCAGCCAUCGUUCUCUCUGAGCAUUUUUUUUUUCGCUCAAACAAUUUUGCCUCGUACACUGUUGGGGACUGGGAUAACCCAGCAAGGCUCCCGUUUGGGAUUGCAGCCGUCCUCGCCUUUGCAGGAGCCUUUGCGGUGAUCGUCCCCUCUAUGUCCCAGACUGAGUACACUGGCCCAAUCGCCAAGGCUGGCACAGGUGAUAUUGGAGUCCUAACGGGGUUUUUGACAGCGACACUUUUGUAUGGCGUUCUAAGAACCCUCGAGCGCAGGUUGUUCCCGAAGCGAUCCAGCUGA